UCAAGAGUGUGCCAUAAUGCCUCAGCCACAAUCUACUUUAGAAUGGAGGACAGAAAUUCAAAUUAAAUUGCCAAUGCCUUUGUCAGACUCCAGAGGAAUAGUUGCUGACCAAAUGCAUGACCGAGCCACAAAGAUGCUUCAGGGCCCCUUCUAUGAUCCCACUACACCGGCACUCGUCGGGAAAGAAAAGCCUCAACCCCACAAUUUUCCUGGUUCUGGUAGCUUUGUGUGCUCAAUGUGCUACAAGAUGUUCCCCCUGCAACGCAUACUGAUUCGCCACAUGAAGUGUCAUAGCUUGGUAAAGAGACAUCCUUGUCGAUUUUGUGGCAAAGGAUUUAAUGAUACUUUUGACCUAAAGAGACAUAUGCGAACACACACAGGUAUACGCCCCUACAAGUGUGAGCUUUGUGAGAAGGCAUUCACACAACGCUGCUCUCUGGAAUCUCAUAUGAGGAAGAUUCAUGGCAUUCACCAACAGUAUGCUUACCGCCAGAGGCGUUCGAAGAUCUUUGUGUGUGAAGAAUGUGGUUACACAGCAAGUUGCCCGAAUGAGUACUUUGUCCAUUUAAGACAAUGCCAUCCCAGCAGUCCUGCUCUCCGCAGGUACUAUCGCCAUAAGCCACAAAGCAACAGCUAUUUUGUAUCUGAAAAUGCUGAAGCAAGUCACUUGGUGUACCCUACAUUUUACAUGUAAGACCCCUUUUGU